AUGUCCACCUGCCAGGUGCCGGAAGCUAGUCAGGCUAAUAUUUCUCCUAUUCUUGCUGGAGUCCUUGUGCGAAAGUUUGGACUGGGUACGAAUAUUUGGACAAUACCCUUUGAUCAUAUCACGAAACAAUUGGAGCUGCUUUACAUCGCGGAGAUCUGCUACAUGGCCGCUGAAGCGUUAACACAACUAUCCUUCCUCACAUUUUACCUUCGCAUCUUCCCUUCUGAAAAGUUCCAUCGAAUCACAUACUUCCUGAUGGGCCUAUCGGUCUGCUUUGGAAUCUCCAACACCUUCGUCAUGAUUUUCCAGUGCAUUCCUGUGCCAUUUUUCUGGUCCGGGUGGACCGGCGAAUACGAGGGCAGCUGCAUCGACAUCAACAGCUAUUCGUGGUACAAAGCAGCAAUGCAGAUUGCAAUGGAUAUUUCGAUCAUCAGUCUCCCAAUCGGGCCGCUCAUCCGAGUAUCCCUCAGCGAUAGGAAAAAGCUACUGAUCGUCUUGAUGUUCUGUACAGGCUUUCUGUAA